GACUUCUCUCUCUUUGUCGUUGGACCUGAAAUGCGUAUGUUCCACCACGGAACAUUCUAGAAUUUAUUCCUUUUUUACUUCUCAGUCGCCUGUCAUUCAUUUUGUUUUCGCUCGAAUAAAGGAUAUCCUAAGUUCUCCACGUGUUUUUAUCAACCGAUAACGAAAUACAAUUUUUAACAAUUUUUUAUCACAAUGGUAAAGGAAACGAAAUUUUACGAUAUAUUAGGAGUGAAACCGGGAUGUACUCCCGAUGACUUGAAAAAGGCAUACCGAAAAUUGGCCUUGAAAUAUCAUCCAGACAAGAAUCCCAAUGAAGGUGAAAAGUUCAAACAAAUUUCGCAUGCCUAUGAAACACUCGCCGAUCCGGAAAAGAAGCGGAUUUAUGAUCAAGGUGGAGAGCAGGCGCUUAAGGAGGGUGGUGUUAGUGCAAGCAGCUUCUCGAGUCCAAUGGACUUCUUUGACAUGUUCUUUGGAGACUCUAGAAGGCAUAAAAGAGAAAGAAGGGGUAAAGAUGUGGUUCAUCAAAUGAGCGUGUCUUUAGAAGAGGUUUAUAAGGGGGCAGUUAGGAAAUUAGCAUUACAAAAAAAUGUGAUCUGUGAUAAAUGCGAGGGCCGUGGAGGAAAGAAGGGAGCAGUAGAACAAUGUCAAACAUGUCGGGGUACAGGAAUGCAAGUACAAAUACAGCAAUUGGGUCUAGGAAUGAUUCAGCAAAUACAAACGGUCUGUUCAGAUUGCCGUGGUCAAGGUGAACGUAUCAAUCCAAAGGAUCGAUGCAAACAAUGCCAAGGGAAGAAGGUCGUUAGAGAGCGUAAGAUACUUGAAGUCCACGUCGAUAAGGGAAUGGUAGAUGGGCAAAAAAUUGUUUUCAAUGGAGAAGGUGAUCAAGAACCCGAAUUGGAACCAGGUGAUAUUAUCAUUGUGUUAGAUGAAAAAGAUCAUCCAAUUUACAAACGUUCCGGAGGCGAUCUGAUUCUUCGACAAGAAAUCCAACUUGUAGAAGCACUUUGCGGUUUUCAGAAAAUUAUAAGAACUUUGGAUGACCGAGAUCUAGUUAUUACAGCAAUUCCAGGAGAAGUUACAAAGCACGGAGACGUUAAAUGCAUUUUGAACGAAGGAAUGCCACAGUAUAAGAAUCCAUUUGAAAAGGGACGGUUGAUUGUACAAUUUGUUGUGGUUUUCCCUAACCAAAUAGCUCCAGAAAUAAUUCCUAUGUUAGAAAAUUGUUUACCCCCACGACCCGAAAUCAUGAUUCCCGAUCAAGCGGAGGAAUGCACUUUAUUACCUUUCGAUAUACAACAGGAAAAUCGUAGACGCGAACACAAAAAUGCUUACGAUGAAGAUGGCGAUAUGGGCGGACCGGGGGCGCAACGGGUGCAGUGUGCUACCAAUUAAAUUAAUUUCAUAUAGACGCAUUUUAACUUAUCGUAAUGUAUUCCAUUUGUAUUAUCAUGGCACAUCUUUUACUGUUGUGUAUACUAUUUAUAAGGUUAUUUAAGUAGUGAAAUACAUUUUUAUUUAUAGACAUUUGUAUAAUCGGUCUAAGAGACUAUAGAUCGCAUUCAAAAAUUUGUACACAUCAUUUAGGAACCUCUCAUGCUUUCUCUGUGACUUGUGUAACUUAAACACUUAUAUGGAAUAAAUUUCUGAUUGAAACUCAACUGUAACUGCGAAGUUAGAUUGUAUGUGUCAUAAAAUUUAUUUUUUUGUGUAGCAUAGCAGGAGACACCUUUGGAGACUGUCCGAAUUCAAGUGUAUUUUUUAUUUAUAUAUUCCAGUGUUGAGUUUAUGUAAUAAAAAAGUCAUUGUA